GAUGAUGAUGAGGGGCGUGCUACCGAUCUGGCGAAGAUGAAGCCAGAGCGUGGCGAGCUGCAUCAGUUACUACUGGCCGGCGAGCCGGCACCCAAGCAGGAAGCCGUUGUGGAUGUGUUCGAGGACUGCGAACAGAUGGGCAUGCGCACCGUCCCGUUGUUCGUUGCGGCACCGAUGGUGCGCUAUUCCAGGUUACCCUUCCGAUUGCUGGUACGUGCAUAUUCGGCUGAUGUUGCAUUCACACCGAUGAUCUAUGCGAAGCAUUUUGUUGCCUCGGAGAAGUGCCGCGAAGCCGAGUUCAUCACCAGCAUUGGUCUCUCCUUUAAUGCUUUAAGCACUUUUGUUCGUCUGGAGCAGUUUUACGUUAACAGUGACCAGCCAACAAUCGUCCAGUUUGCCACAAACGAUCCUGAAGAAUUUGCUGAAGCAGCGAUGUUCGUGAGCAGGUACUAG